AUGGCGGGAUCAUCACUAGUCUCGCCUUCAUAUCACAUUUCCUGCUCAGACUUUCUGCAAUUGGGGAAGCACAGAAGCUUCAUCAACAUCAAAAACAAGUACGAUAGCAGAGAUAAGCAAUGGAAAAAGAUGGUUUCGAAGAAGGGGAUAUAUCCAUGGAGUAUUAACUCAUCAACAUCAAUAUCUCUUGUGAUUGAAGCUUCAAGUGUGGUAGCGGCUUCCCCUUCACUGUGGGACUCCUGGAAACCUGAUCAGAAUGGAACUCCCGCCCUCUCCCUCAGCGACGUCUUAUGGCCUUCCGCAGGAGCAUUUGCGGCAAUGGCGAUACUGGGAAGGAUAGACCAGUUACUGGCACCAAAAGGACUUUCCAUGACCGUUGCUCCCCUUGGCGCCGUCUGCGCCGUCUUGUUCGCUUCUCCUUCCUCCCCUGCUGCUCGGAAGUACAACAUGUUCAUGGCUCAGAUAGGUUGUGCUGCUAUAGGUGUCUUGGCAUUCUCCAUUCUGGGGCCGGGCUGGCUCGCCAGGAGCACUGCCCUUGCUGCUUGCACAGCUUUCAUGAUAUACACUCGUUCAACACAUCCACCUGCUGCAAGCUUGCCUCUUUUGUUCAUUGAUGGAGCCAAGUUUCACAACUUGCAUCUUUGGUAUGCAUUGUUCCCUGGGGCUGUUGGGUGUGUGCUUCUUUGCUUUAUUCAAGAGAUGGUGUGUUACUUGAAAGACAACUUCAAGUUCUGAUUUAAUU